AUGAAGGAACUUGAUAAACUGAUAGGCUUGCCAUUAGACUCCUCACAAGGAAAAUCAAAUGUAGUCCCUGUGUGCGGGGAUGAUGGUGUUGGGAAAUCAUCUCUUGUCAGAACUGUUUACAACCAUUAUGUGGCCAAUAACCGUGGAAUGUUCAAUAUGUUCGUUUGGGUCAAUGUAUCCCAUCCUUUCAAUCUCAUGGACUUUUCACAGAGCUUACUCCUGGAUAUGCAUUUGGAACCACCUUAUUCUGGAAGGAUAUAUCGAGAUGCAUUUCAAGCUGAAUAUGAUGCCAUCAAAUUGUGUAAGGAGGUUCUUAAGGAGCGUCAGUGUCUCGUGGUUGUUGCCGGAUUGCAGUCCAAAAAUGACUGGGACACGAUAAAUAAUGAGUUGGUAUCAGCUGGAACUUAUGCAAACUGUAUCAUUGUCAUUACUACUAAAGAAAGUGUAGCCACACAUUGUGCAGCGUCUUCUGGCAGAGUGUGCAAUGUCAAACCUCUAGAUGCUGCUGUAGCCCUUGACCUCUUCAGAAAGGUAUUUCCAUUUGGAAGCUCUCUGAAUGAGAAUAUGAUCGAGCAAGCCAAACCUCUAUUAUCCAAAUGCGAUGGAGUUCCCAAACGAAUAAUCACUUUGGCUAGCUACUUGGGCCCCUUGGCUAACCGACCAAGAGAAACACAAGAACGGGAGCGGAAACGCCUUAAUGACAACUUUAAGCAUGAAGUGACCAUGGCAAAGUGUGAUAGCUUCCUGAGCAUAUUCACUUCUAUUAGUUCGAGCUUUGAUGCUUGUCCUCAUUUACUCAAGAAAUGUAUCUUCUACCUCUCAAUUUUCCCUGAAAACAAAAUGAUCCGUAAAAGGCAUUUGGUGAGGCGGUGGAUAGCAGAAGGAUACUCCAAGGGCAUUGGUAGCUGUAGCUUGGAGAACGAUGCAGAGAAGCUCUUUAACAAGAUUGCUGAGCUUGGAAUGAUACAGCAAGCACAACAACCAAUUACUGAGACCGAUGUCAUCAGAAAGGUCUCGUGGCAGGUGAAUUGCUUGAUCCUCGAGUACAUCAUCUCGUGGCAAACAGAAGAGAAAGUUCUCCUUCCUCUGGAGGUCUCUGUAUUGGAAGGGAAGUGCAGCCUAACCACUGGACGUGUUGGCCAGCACCUGGCCAUUAGGAAGUGCUGGGAAGGAGACGAAUUUAUGUUCAACAGCAUGGACUUCUCCAGGUUACGUUCUUUGACUGUGUUUGAAAACUGGAAGCCAUUCUUCAUCUCCGAAAAGAUGAGGGUGCUUCGGGUGCUUGAUCUGGAAGGUACACCAAAUAUAAAAAAUGGUGACCUUGAUCAAAUCGGGGAUAUGAUACCUCGCCUCAAGUUCUUGUCACUAAGAAGAUGCACACCAAUCUCUCAGCUGCCGGAUUCCAUGGGUGAGCUUAGGCAGCUCCAGACUCUUGAUAUCAGAUACACCAAAAUAAUCACACUACCAAAAAGUAUUAUCAAUCUACGGAAGCUGCAGUAUAUUCGUGCUGGUGAGACCACACCCGGUCCCGAGGAGAUGAAUGAGGAGCCAUACAGGCCAAGGAGGACCAGGAUACUUCACACUCUGUUAUCCUAUUCCCCCAAGUCAAGCAGACGUGGAUCUCCUACUUGCCAUGGUAUCAAGGCUCCUAAGGGGAUCGGGAGGCUGACGAACUUGCACACAUUGGGUGUUGUAUAUGCCAAUAUUGCAGGUGGAGAGUCCAUUCUGAGAGAGCUCAGUUACCUUACCCAAUUGCGCAAGCUCAUAGUGUCUGGCAUCAAUGGCAACAAUAGCUGGGGUUUGUUUAACAUCAGCUGGCACGCUCUCACCAAUUUGACAUCCUUGUCAAUGGGGCUCACGAAAGGCAGUGACAAACACCUCCUGCAAUUCCUUGAGCUUCCGGAGAAACUACAGCGCCUUAAGCUCUAUGGGCAUGUAGCAAAGUUGCCAAAGCACAUCGGGAGACUGGACAAUCUCACCAAGUUGACUUUACAAAUGACAACCUUGUUUACAAUGGAGGACAUACAGGAGCUCGGGAAGCUAAAAAGGCUGCAUACCCUACGCCUUCGUUUUGUCGUCACAGAUAAUGAUAAUAGUGGUGAGAUCAAGUUUUGUGCCAAGGUGGAUAGUAGCUCUACCAGGGUGAGCUCUACAGCACCUGCCUUUUUUGAUGAACUGAAUACCCUUGAGAUUGCUUGCCGCUCCAGUAUACAUGUGAGCUUCCUUGACCAGAUGAUAAAGCUUGAGCAGCUGAAGGUUGACUGCAGUUACGGAUUGUCGUUGGACUUUACUGGACUAGAGCAUCUCAUUUCUCUCAACCAGGUAGUGCUUAAGGGUUCCCCUAGCGAUGGCUGCGACUGCGAUGCAUUCAAGGAAGCACUGAAGCAGAAGCUUGCCCAACAUCCGAAGCAACCGCCUUUGAAGCAGGAGCAGAAAUUCCGCCCAGGCCAGUAGUCUGCAGAAAAAGACACGACUUGACGGUCGUCAGUUAAAGUGGGUUGCUCGAUGAAGGGCCGCGAUCACUUGCACAUGGUGUUUAGAGGAUAACCUCGCCUCCUAAACUAAAUUUUGAUGUAUUAUCGUCGAAGUGGAAGUGUGUAGUUAAAGUGUGUAGUUUCUGUGAAAAAAGUGAAGUGUGUAGUUACUGCUACAUGAUGGACUGCUACGCGAUGAAUUAUUAGUGAAUUAAUUUGAUGCGAUGGUUGACGAAAA